AUGGCUCCACCCUUCAUCCUCAGUGCUGUCAUCGCACUCGCCCUUUCAGCAGUCUCAGUAGCUGCAGGCUACAUCGAAGCCGGCAGUAGCGACGCCGUUUCUUACUUGAAUGCUCAUAACUCUGUGCGAGCAGCCUACAACGCUGAGCCCUUGACAUGGUCGAAUGAACUGUCGUUUCUGGCAUAUCAAUGGGCAGGCGCUUGCAACUUUGAACACACAUGGGGAUCCAUGGGAGCUUACGGGGAGAACAUUGCUGCUGGCACCGGCUCGUUCAGCAUAGUAGACGCUGUGGGCAUGUUCACGCAAGGUGUUGCUGACUUCGACCCAUAUGAUCCUUCGUACUCAGAUUUCACUCAAGUUGUUUGGCAGUCGACAACCGAGCUCGGAUGUGGUUACGCGUCCUGUAAAGGCAUCUUCGAUGAGACCGCCAUCAUGCACGUCUGUUUCUACAACCCUUCUGGAAACAUCAUAGGCGAACUAUUGUGA